CACCUGUCUUCACAGAUAUAGUUUAGGUUAUGUUGUGUUUCAAAAAAGUGAGGUUAUUUAAGGCAUAAUUGUUAUAUUUUUAAGCGGUUCUGCUUUCAAAGUUCGUUGGUAACACAACUGAACAUUUGUAAACCAGGGCGAGCACAAUGCCAAAAGAACAAUACCGAGAAACUGAUGUAGCGAGAAAAAUCUCGCACAUCAGUUUCGGGAUUGAGAGUGCAGAGUCGAUGCAACAACAAUCCCACAUUCACGUUGUAGCUAAAAACUUGUAUAAUCAGGAUGUUCAACGCACUCCAAUUCCUUACGGAGUGCUAGACAAGAGACUGGGCACAAACUCGAAAGAAUCGCCUUGUCAGACAUGCGGGAAAAACAUAAAUUCGUGCGUUGGCCAUUUUGGGUACAUUGACUUGGAAUUACCUGUGUAUCAUGUGGGGUACUUUAGAAGCAUUAUUAGCAUUCUUCAAACAAUUUGUAAGAAUUGUGCCCGUGUUCUCCUUUCCGAGGAAGAAAAAAAUCAAUACCGAAUACGUCUCUCUAAUGAACAUCUGAGUUAUAUGACUAAAAAAGCUAUAAGGAAGAAAAUCAUUGAGAAAUGCAGAAAGUUGACUAAGUGUCCCUACUGUAAGGAAUCUAAUGGCUUUGUAAAAAAGUUGACAGCCAGUAAAGGGAGCACUGGGGGAUCUGUGUUAAAGAUAGUGUGUGAAAAAAAUAGAGGGAGUGACAAGGAAACAGUGUUGAAAGAACACAUCGAAAAGUUCAAUUCAGCGAUUGAUGUUAAUCCAGAGAUCAAAAAUGCAUUAACGGCCAAUUCUGCUGUCUCGCAAAUUCUUACUCCAAUCGAUGUUUUAAAAUUAUUUGAGAGAAUUCCACAAAGUGAUAUUCCAUUAUUGGCAAUGGACUCAAGGAGGUCACAACCAAAAGAUUUAAUUUUUACUAGAAUGCUAGUCCCUCCUGUGUCAAUUCGCCCCUCUGUGGUAUCGGACUUGAAGGCUGGGACCAAUGAGGACGAUUUAACUAUGAGACAAUCUGAAAUAAUCUUUAUCAAUGAUGUAAUCAAAAAACACAAAUUGUCAGGAGCAUCUGUUAAUAUGUAUCAAGAGGGUUGGGACUUUCUUCAGCUGCAGACUGCUCUUUAUAUUAACAGUGAACUUUCCGGAAUUCCCCUAGCAAUGAUGCCAAAAAAACCGGGCCGUGGUCUUGUGCAACGCCUUAAAGGCAAACAAGGCCGUUUCCGCGGCAAUCUCUCCGGCAAACGAGUCGACUUUUCUUCGAGAACAGUUAUUUCCCCUGAUCCGAAUUUACAAAUCGAUCAAGUCGGUGUUCCUCUACACAUCGCCAAAAUCUUGACUUUUCCUGAACGGGUGAUUCACGCAAAUAUCGAUGUUAUGAGACAAUUGGUGAUCAACGGACCUGACAAGUGGCCUGGGGCUAAUUACGUUCAACAGAAAGGCUCUGCUUUUAAAAAGUUUCUUAAAUACGGAAACAGAGAAAAACUAGCACAGGAAUUGAAACUGGGGGAUUUGGUUGAACGGCACCUUCACAACGACGAUGUCGUCUUAUUUAAUCGUCAACCGAGUUUGCACAAGUUGUCGAUUAUGGCGCACAGGACCAAAGUCCAUCAACAUCGAACGUUCAGGUUCAACGAGUGCGUUUGUAAUCCCUACAAUGCGGAUUUUGACGGCGACGAAAUGAAUUUGCAUUUGCCUCAAACUGAAGAGGCUAAAGCGGAAGCGUUAAUUUUAAUGGGGAAUAAAAAUAAUCUAGUGACGCCACGAAACGGUGAACUAUUGAUCGCAGCAACCCAGGAUUUUUUGACCGGUGGCUACUUAUUGACCAAAAAAGAUACGUUUCUGGAUUUAGCACACGCAUCUCAAUUAGCCGCCACGCUAUUGGCUGAGAACGACACGAAUAUGCAAAUUGAUUUACCAACACCCUGUAUUUUAAAGCCAAGACGUUUGUGGUCUGGCAAGCAAAUUUGUAGUCUUAUUUUCCGACCUAAUAAGAAAUGUCCAGUCAAGGCAAAUCUUGAAGCAAAGGGCAAGGCCUACACAAAAAAUAGAGAGCUAUGCGUUAAAGACUCAUACGUUUUGAUCAGGAAUUCCGAACUUAUCGCUGGAACGCUGGAUAAAAGCCACUUGGGAAGUGGAGGCAAAGGCAAUAACAUUUUUUACGUAAUUUUGAGAGACUUUGGCUCAGAAUAUGCAAUAAAAUCAAUGUGGAGAUUAGCUAAGCUUACCUCUUAUUAUUUAAUGAAUAGUGGAUUCAGUAUCGGGAUAGGCGACGUCACUCCAAGUAAAGGGUUACUGAGACGAAAGAACAAGUUGUUAGAGGAUGGAUAUACUAAAUGUGACGAGUAUAUUCGUCAAAUGGCCGACGGUAGGCUCCAGUGCCAACCGGGAUGUACGGCUGAGGAGACUUUAGAAGCUGUUAUUUUGAAAGAAUUAUCAGUUAUUCGUGAACAUGCAGGUCAGGCGUGUCUCGCAGAACUGCAUCCAACCAAUAGUCCACUUAUUAUGGCGUUAUCGGGUUCGAAGGGGUCUUUUAUCAAUAUUUCUCAGAUGAUUGCUUGUGUGGGUCAACAGGCUUUGAAUGGGAAACGAGUCCCUGAUGGAUUUGAAAAUAGAUCUCUGCCACAUUUUCCACAUCACUCGAAAACACCAGAAGCUAAAGGCUUUGUUGAAAAUAGUUUUUACACUGGACUAACACCUACGGAAUUCUUUUUCCAUACAAUGGGCGGCCGUGAGGGUCUUGUCGACACAGCAGUUAAAACUGCGGAAACUGGCUAUAUGCAGAGAAGGCUGGUAAAGUCGUUGGAAGACUUGGUGGUGCACUACGAUGGUUCUGUCAGAAAUGCGGAAGGUGAUAUAGUUCAGGUGAAUUACGGAGGUGAUGGUUUAGACCCGACUUACAUGGAAGGUAAAGACUGCCCAGUUGAUUUUGACCGUGUUCUGCGCCAUGUCCAGGCGAAAUGUCCUUACCGAGACGAAACGAUCCUGAACAGUGUUCAAAUCAGACGAGCUACUAAAACUUUCCUUGAAACGGAUGCACUAAACGAGUGUAGCGAGGAAUUUAAAGCGGAACUAAAGAACUUCAUGGACAAGGUUGCGCUAAGAGUGGAAAACAUAUACAAUAAAUUCGGGGACGGAAAAGUGGUGAAAGAAAUAGAAAGACUAACAUGUAGCCAGUUGGUGACGUUCCUUCAAAUUUGCGGUUCAAAAUACACCAGGUCUAUCAUUGAACCGGGAACUGCAGUUGGUGCUUUAGCUGCUCAAAGUAUUGGUGAACCCGGAACACAAAUGACACUCAAAACUUUCCAUUUUGCUGGAGUUGCAAGCAUGAAUAUUACACAGGGUGUUCCGAGAAUCAAGGAGAUUAUCAAUGCCAGUAAGGACAUCAGCACGCCUAUAAUUACCGCCAGCCUGACCAACCCACGAGAUAUCGGUUUUGCUCGGGAAGUGAAAGCCCGAAUCGAAAGGACAACCCUUGGCGAGGUGGCAACAUUUAUUGAUGAAAUUUACACCCAGUACGACUGCUUCCUUUUAAUUCAAUUGAAUUACGACCGCAUUAAAUUAUUGAAACUUGAAAUAAAUGCCGAGACUGUCCGUUACAGUAUUUGCACCUCAAAGUUGAAACUUAAACCAAACGAAGUUCGCGUCGAAAGUGAAACAAUUAUCACAGUGUCCCCCAGUGGUAGUAAACAUACACACCGAUUUAAUUUUUCAUUGAAUGAGCUUAAGGCAAAAUUGCCCAGUGUUGUUGUUAAAGGGCUGCCAACCGUAAAUCGAGCAGUCAUUGCCAAAGAGGAGAAAGGAGGCGAAACUCUGUACAAUUUAUGUGUUGAGGGUGAUAAUUUAAGGGAAGUUAUCGCUACGUAUGGUGUGCUGGGGACAAAGACUGUCUCCAAUAAUAUCAUGGAAGUGUACCAUACUUUGGGAAUAGAAGCCGCAAGAGAAACCAUUAUGUCCGAAAUUAAAAUGGUAAUGGAAAACCAUGGUAUGAGCGUGGAUUAUCGCCACAUUAUGUUACUCGCGGCCCAAAUGACACACACGGGGGAAGUUCUGGGCAUCACACGAUAUGGUUUAUCCAAAAUGAAGCAGUCCAUACUAAACUUGGCUUCUUUUGAGAAAACCGCUGAUCAUUUGUUUGAUGCUGCUUAUUACGGCCAGGUUGACAAAAUAAACGGCGUUUCAGAAAAUAUUAUAAUGGGAAUGCCUGCACCUAUAGGAACCGGAAUUUUCAAACUCCUCCACAAGCCACACCACAUCGAGGAAAAUCCACCAUCAGAACCUUUACUAUUUGAAACUGCGAUUGCCAAGUAAAAUAUGUAUUUGAGAAAUUGUACAAUAAAAAUUAUAAAUCAA